UUGCUAUUAAUGCCGUAAUCGGCGAGUGAAACGUCUCCAACCAAAGUGAACGAAACGGAGGAUUCGUGAACAAAUUACCUUAUCGCCAGGGAAGAGAUAUGAAAUUAAUAUUUUUAUCUAAAAACUGUGCAGUUCACUCAUACAAGUGUUGAUUGUGAUGCGGAUGUGUAUUGAUUGCAACUAGACGUGGAUACCAGUGCAGUUUUAGCAAAUCCCGAGUUAUUCGAGAUAUCUGAAGCCACCCUUGAUAAAUUGUGCUUUAUUAGUGACAACCGUCGAGUAGAACGCAAAAAUGCAGGCGAUUAAAUGUGUAGUCGUCGGUGACGGUGCCGUCGGUAAAACAUGCCUGCUCAUCAGUUACACCACAAAUGCCUUCCCAGGAGAGUACAUACCCACAGUAUUUGACAACUAUUCGGCGAACGUGAUGGUAGAUGGCAAGCCAAUCAACCUGGGUCUAUGGGAUACGGCUGGUCAGGAAGAUUACGAUAGGCUGCGACCACUGUCCUACCCACAGACCGAUGUGUUCCUUAUAUGCUUCUCGCUUGUCAACCCAGCGUCGUUCGAAAACGUUCGGGCUAAGUGGUUCCCCGAAGUGAGGCAUCACUGCCCGUCAACACCCAUCAUCCUGGUCGGCACCAAGCUCGAUCUCCGCGAAGACAAGGACACCAUUGAGAAGCUGAAGGACAAGAAACUCGCGCCUAUCACCUACACACAGGGUCUCGGCAUGUCGAAAGAGAUCAGCGCGGUGAAGUACCUGGAGUGCUCGGCGCUGACGCAGAAGGGCCUGAAGACGGUGUUCGACGAGGCGAUCCGAGCCGUCCUCUGUCCCGUGCAGCCGAUCAAGCCGCGGCGGAAGUGUACGCUGCUUUAAGGAUUUGUGUACCACUGUCAGAUAAGAUAGCGUAGUACAGACGUCGAUGCCAGUGUAUACAGCAUAGCUUACAAUAGAGCGCACCAACAUCAGUAUAAAUGUGCAUAAACACACGCUCUAUAACUGAAUGGACUGCAAUAAAUGCAUACAUAGAUGUUAAUUUUUACUGUUAAAGUACGCAUUAUUAAUUAAUUAAUAUGUAACGUGGGUUGGUGUGAGUGAGGUCCGUUUAAUGUAUAACGCUUUUUUAUAUCGACCGGGUAUUCUUGUCACUGGCAGUUUGUAUGCUGCAAAGAGGUUUACCUAUGCCUAGCUUUGAAUAUUGUCUAUGGACGUCACUGGAAUCUUUUUUCAAAUGUUCUUUUUGUGAAUCAUGUGCCACUAUGUUCUUUAUUGGUUAUUAUUUGUACACUAUUUCACAUUAUACCACCGCCUGUCAGUGACUGUUAGGUAAUCCGAGUUCUAACUCAUAUUUGGGUGCUUUACUAAAAUCUAGAACAUCGCUAUUACGAAAGUGUAAUUACAUUCCUACAUCUAUGAUAAUUUCGGGUACAAAUUGUUUAAACAUACUUCACCGUCGCUACUGAGCGGUUGUUUUAAAAAUGGAAUUGUUGAAAUUUGUGUUUGCCAGAGAUUAUAUUUUUCGAUUUAUUAUUGCUUUUUAUUUGUUUCCACAUUGUUGUAUAUCAGUGUUGGUCGACUCUUGCUCGUAUACAUUUUCGUCCUUAUUUCUAUUGCGUUAAAGUUCAAUUUGUAUACGAGUUACAACGUCGGCUAGGAUAGUGGCGUAAUAAGUACAGCAUUCGUUCGUAAGGAAAUGGUUAAUCAUAAAAGUUUCGUAUUCAUUGUAUAUUUAAUUAAUAAAAAAGGUUAUAUGUACCCAUGUAUGAUGUAAACUGUAUUUCGUUUUAAUACGCUACGCAGAUUCCAGUAUAAAUUGACUUCGAUGUGAUUUGUAGGUUAAUAAUGUCUUAAAUAAGAACCCACUGUACUGUACAAAACUUUGAACCCGAGCACACAAUCCUGCAUUUAAUAAUUGGUAACUUUAACGUCAAGUAACUCAUGCUGAAGUCGACUUUCAUUGGAGUCGGAAACUAAAUGAACGGUCAUUUAGUCAAUAAUAUGCCAUUUCAUGAAAAUAUAGCUACUACAUUUUAGCAAACCGUGGACGAUGCAAUUUUAAUCUUAAUGUUACGACCAUAAGUGCUAAAUUGCAGUAACUAUAUUAAGACAUUUCUUGCGUAUUAUUUCUCUAAAUCGGCUAAAAGCUUAAGAGUAUAAACGCGUGAAUGGUCAAUACUUAGAUACAUAUCGUUGGUAAAGUGUAGCUAUGCUAUCGUGACGUCUUUGUAAUACUAGCGGCGAUAGUUCUGCGAUUUUCAACCUUAUUCUUAUGUGUUAAGUAUCAAUUUGCACUGAGUAAAGAAAAAAUCUUUGCUAGAUUGGAAUUUUGAGUGUUGUGGUUAAAAUUGCAGAACUAGGGCCGCUAGCGCAGUUUUCAAUAAGCAACAAGAUUGUAUCGCAAUUGUUUAGUCUUCUAGGGCUAAUGUAAAAUACCGCACAACUACUUUUAGCAUUACCCGACCGAGUUGAGAUGGACAUAACUCUUUCUACGACCUCUAGCUCGCUCACCAUCUCAAUUCGGCCGCAUUACUGUCACGGGAGGCAUUUUUCGCUAAAAUGUGAUAAACGGGUUUAGGCUCUAAUUGACUAUCUAGACAUUUUUCACGGCCUCUAGAUAUGGGACGCUUUUUUUACCUUAUACGCCUAACUUCACGAUUGUCGUAGUCUCUACAGAUCGUUUCUUUAGUAAAUAAAAAUGGCACUAAGUUAAUUACUGUCUAAAUCCACUCCUAAAAUAUAAAUGUUAUAAUAAGAAAGCAGUACAUGUAAGUUUGUGUUAAGUGUGCAAUUGUUGUUGCUUGUCACCGAACGCGGCACGCUGUUUAUAAACUAGUGGCCAUAGAGUUUUAUUCAUUUAAAAAAGUUAUUUUACUUACGAGUUUUCUCUACCGUUUCUAAAUUUAAAAAAGCUCGAACAAUUGCACAGAACAUCCCUAGCAGUAAGAUUUUAAUGUAUGUAUUGUUCAGAUGCAAAUAUUUAGAAGAAUCAGCAUGUAAAUACCGGUAAUUUAGUAUUAAAGUAUACAAAAACUAAAAUACACACGCCAUUUUCUUUGGUGUAACAUUUUUUAUACUAGAUCCAUUUUUCCACAUCUGAUGCUAAUUGAAAAAUAAAUAGUUUCCACUGUGUAGUUUUAUGUAUUCAUGUAUUGUAAUGCGUUUAUGGUUGAAUGGACUAACUAUAUUAUGUCUAGUUAUAAAAUAUAUAAUUUAAAUAAUAGGUCAACAAUAUAAUAUACCUGUUGAGGCAGCGAUAGGACGAGAUCGAAUCAAAUGAUAUUUUUUAAACUUGAAACAGAUAAGAUACUAUUAUUUUGUCAAGAAAUAUAACGAUAAAUAUUUGUCGAUAUUUUUCAUAAUGGAGACGAGUCAAUAUAUCUGCUAUGACUAUAUCAAAUGCACGAAAAUCUUAAAACAAUUGACUGGGUUCUUAUAAAAACUUGAAUUGAAUUUAUUUAGUAAAUCUAGUAGAUCCGUUAGUCCAAAUUUUCCAUUUAUUAUAAUUAUAUAAUUUGUAUUUGUAGUGUAUGUUAGACGCGUUUAUUUGUAUUGAUGUUAUGUUGUCAUCUUGUUGUAUUGUUGGUAGUCACGUAUGCCAUGUACUGCAUUUGCUUUCAUUUAAAUAACAGCUUGUAUAAUAUUAUUUUUAUACAAAAUUGUAUAUGUAUAGAUAUGCGCUGUGUCUAUAAUUCGAUUGAUAUGAUAGUUAGAUAACGCUCUCGAGUAAUUCUUCCAAAUAUUGUAAAGCCUCUGAAUAAUUCAAAAUAUAUUUAUAUUAACUGUUCAAAA